AUGUGUGGGAACAUAACAGUUAUCGCGGUCCUCGUACGCAACAUGAAGAAGAACAACUUCACCCUGCAACUGAUGCUGAACCUGGCGGCCUCUGACAUCCUGUGUGUGGCAAUGCUGCCUGUCUGGAUGUGCAACCUUCUCUUGGGCUGGACCAUGGACAUCCAUUUGUGCAGGUUCUUCAUCUUUAUCACCCACAUCGCCAUUCACACCAGUGUGUUUAUUGUGACUCUGAUGAGUGUGCAGAGGUACGUGGUGGUCCUGUACCGUCCGCAGUGGUCCAGACUUGGGAGACGGGGAGAGCGCAACAUGUUGGUGUUCGUAUGGAUACUGGCUGGCGCUCUUGCCUUCUCUCCUGCGGCCACUUACGGUAUCGUCCAGGAUGGAACCAGGCAGAUAUGUGAGCAGGUCUUCAGAUCUGAAGAACAGAAAGUGGGGGUUCUUCUGCUAGAGACAAUAGCUGUUUUCGCUGUACCAUUUAGCAUACUGUUGGUUUCCUACCUUUGUCUGCACAAGAAAGUUAGUGCCCAAGCUCUGCGGUCGCAUCAGAGGUUGGCAACUUUAGUCACCAGCAUCGUGGUGACUUUUUUCCUUUUCUGGAUACCGUAUCACAUCGUAAACGUCAUGAUAAUGGCUGCGCCCUCAGAACCGGCCCAGUUGGUGCGGAGGGUCGCCUACAGGGGACCCAGACGAGUGGUUCAGGGAAUCGUGUUCCUCAACAGCUGUGUCAAUCCUCUGCUGUAUGCCUUCAACUAUCGCAGCCUUCGGGCUGAAAACUCACAAAUUGAAAUCAAAACCCCACGGACUUCUCUUGACUCUGUUUCAUGUCAUGUACAAGAACAUCCUCCCAGGUGA